GCAUAAUAUCCUGCUGCUAGAAGAACGGUAAUGUAGACCUAGGCAACAAUCACAAGAACUGGCCGUAGCAACUGGUGAAAUUAACGAUUUGUGAAGGCAGUUUGAGCAAACGUACGGUUGGAUUCCUUGCUAAAUAAUAAUUAUUCAUCAUGAACGUGGGCUUUGCUCUCGUUCUCCUCUGGUCUCUCCCAAUAACCAAUGUGCUUGCAGAGCUGCCUGUACCUCAGAACCUGACUCUGCUCACCCUGAACACAGAGUACCUACUAACAUGGGACUGGGACCGGGACCAGACGACCACAGGCAACACUGUUACCUUCACUGCAGAGUACAUGGGGAAGUAUAAGAUGCAGAGGAAGAAGAAGAACUGGAGCCGUGUGUGUGAGAGGACCAUACAUACCCACUGUAACUUCACAGGCUCUGAUCUGCACUACCUGGGCAUGUAUGUGCUCAGGGUCCGAGCCAGUGCAGACGGACUGAACUCAGACUGGGUCCUUAAAGACUUCUGCCCCGAUAAAGACGCUGCUUUGGGCCCACCAUCCAGGGUUGAGCUGGCUCCUGUGGGGAACCUGCUGGACGUGACCAUCUCUGACCCCCUGACCAGCACCCAGGGCUCCAUGAAGGAACACGUCCUCUCCCUGUACUACCACAUCCUGUACUGGAGCCUGUCUGAUGACCCUCGGGGUCUAAAGCCUAAUGUGGUGAACUCUAACAAUAACCUGGUGACGCUGCCUGAGCUGGAGGCCUGGACGUGGUACUGUGUCAUGGUUCAGUCUCGCUACGACUACUACAACAAGACAAGCGGCUACACGGCACCCCAGUGCAUGCAGACAGAAGGUGACACCCAGUGGAGGCAGAUUUUCCUGUACUUCCUGGUCUCCCUGGUAGUAUGUUUCCUGCUGGUGCUGCUGCCCUACACCUUCUUUAGGUUCUACAGAGUCCUCAAACACACCUUCUACCCCACCAUCCAGCUGCCUGCAUACAUCCAGGAGUACCUCUGUGACUCCUCCCUCGGCUCUGAAAUGCCCAUUCUCCUCACUCCUGAGUCAGAGCUGUGCUGUGAUAAUCUGAGCGUGUACGCCGAGGUGGUGCUGCUGGAGAUCCACAUAGCUCCUCCCUUCACAGCUCCCCCCUCAGGGCUGCAGCAUGACAGCAGCAGGCAUAGCCGCCAGGGCAGUGAAGGCAGCGGAGACUCUGGGGUCUACUCCACAGAGGGAGGCUCCGGCCAGCAGGGUUCUAGUGGUGGGGGUGAGCCAAUCAGGAGAGACAAGGAAGUGGAGAAGGUGAAGCUGGAGGAGAUGGGGGAAGAGCCUGGAGACGAAGGAGUUCCGGAUGAGGGAGUUGUGGAUGUGUGCGUCUGAGGAGAGAGCGAGAGGAGCGGAGCGCUGGGUGGAAAGACUGUAGGUGAUGGUUGAAGAAUUGUAAUAGGGAAAGGAGGAGGGUCAUACAGAAUGUUCUCUGAAGUCUGUCUUUCUACCCCUCAAAGGACACUUUGAAGUUGAUGACAUCUCGCUUAAAAGACAUCACACAGAUCAAAAGACAUCUCAAAAGUAAGGGUGUAACAGUAAACGUAUUCAUACCAACUCGUUCGGUAUGGGGGACCUCUGUUCAGUCUGCACUGUGAACCCAGAUUAAAACAUAAACAAUUUUACUGUACCAGUCAAACGUUUGGCCACCCACUCAUUCCAGGGUUUUUCUUUAUUCUUACUAUUUUCCAAAUUGUAUAAUAAUACUGAAGACAUCCAAACUAUGAAAUAACAUACAUGGGAUCAUUAGUAUUCAAAAAUGUGUUAAACAAAUCGAAGUAUAUAUUUUAGAUUCUUCAAAGUAGCCACUCUUUGCCUUUGACAGCUUUGCACACUCUUGGCAUCCCUCUCAACCAGAUUCAUGAGGUUGUCACCUGGAAUGCAUUUCAAUUAACAGGUGUCUUGUUAAGUUAAUUUGUGGAAUUCCUUUCCUUCUUAAUGUGUUUGAGCCAAUCAGUUGUGUUGUGACAAGAUAAGGGUGGUAUACAGAAGAUAGCCCUAUUUGGUAGAAGACCAAGUCCAUAUUAUGGCAAGAACAGCUCAAAUAAGCGAAGACAAACGACAGUCCAUCAUUACUUUAAGACAUGAAGGUCAGUCAAUCUGGAAAAUGGAAAUAACUUUGAAAGUUUCUUCAAGUGAAGUCGCAUAAACCAUCAAGCGCUAUGAUGAAACCGGCUCUCAUGAGGACCGCCACAGGAAAGGAAGACCCAGAGUUACCUCUACUGCAGAGGAUAAGUUCAUUAGAGUUAGCAGCCUCAGAAAUUGCUACCCAAAUAAAAGCUUCAGAGUUCAAGUAACAGACACAUCUCAACAUCAACUGUUCAGAGGAGACUGAGUGAAUCAGGCCUUCGUGGUUGAAUUGCUGCAAAGAAACCACUACUGAAGGACACCAUUAAGAAGAAGACUUGCUUGGGCCAAGAAACACAAGCAUUGCACAUUAAACCGGUGGAAAUCUGUCCUUUGGUCUGAUGAGUCCAAAUUUGAGAUUUUUGGUUCCAAACGAUGUGUCUUUGAGACGGAGAGUAGGUCAAUGGAUGAUCGCAUGUGUAGUUCCCACCGUAAAGCAUGGAGGUGUGAUGGUGUGGGGGUGAUUUGCUGGUGACACUGAUUUAUUUAGAAUUCAAGGCACACUUAACCAGAAUGGCUACCACAGCAUUCUGCAGCGAUACGCCAUCCCAUCGGUUUGCACUUAGUGGGACUAUCAUUAAUUUUUUAACAUGACAAUGACCCAGAACACACCUCCAGGCUGUGUAAGAGCUAUUUUACCAAGAAGGAGAGUGAUGGAAUGCUGCAUCAGAUGACCUGGCCUCCACAAUCACCCGACCUAAACCCAAUUGAGAUGGUUUGAGAUUAGUUGGACCGCAGAGUGAAGGAAAAGCAGCCAACAAGUGCUCAGCAUAUGUGAGAACUCCUGCAAGACUGUUGGAAAAGCAUUUCUCAUGAAGGUGGUUGAGAAUGCCAAGAAUGUGCAAAGCUGUCAUCAAGGCAAAGGGUGGCUACUUAAAUCAAAAUAUUUUAUAUUCUUCUAACACUUGUUUGGUUACUACUUGAUUCCAUAUCUGUUAUUUCAUAGUUUUUAUUCUACAAUGUAGAAAAUAGUAAAAAUCAAGAAACCCUGGAAUGAGUAGGUGUCCAAACUUUUGACUGGUACUGUACAUGGAUAUUUCACUAGGCCUAUAGGCUGCAUUGUAUGCCUCUUGGGUAAAUCUGAGCAACAACAAAAACAUUUCAGGCUAUCCCGUUAAAACAACUAGAGACUACAGAAUGUGCACGUUGUAAUUACAAUUUGAAUCUUAAUUUAUGGAUUUCUAACUGUCCUUUUUGUGAGGCGCAGCCAGGAAAUAGUUCUGUCCAAUGUCGAGUGGUGGGGUCGAUUAACCAGGAGGAUUCUCCAUCACCAGUUUGGGAACAUUUUGGCUUCCCAGUAAGAUUAUUGCGGGGAUGGACACAGAGUAUGUUGCCAGUGCUGGAAGAGAAUAGCCUAUGCAGCUGUCAACACCUCAACAUGUUGACACAGUUACGCCGACAUCACGCCAGUAUUCCUACCACCAGAACAAGACGGCAACUCAAAAAAACAACGCAACGUCGUCUCCCCGCUGCAUUCAAGCAGCCCUUCGCAGCUGAUUCUGACCGGGCCAAAAUAAACAAAUGACAAGAGCGAUAGGUAUGUUUAUUACCAUGGAAAUGUGCCCAUUCUCAGUGGUUGAGAAGAAUAAGGCGUUUCAGCACUUCUUGAAAGUGCUCGAGCCACGUUACGAACUUCACCCACUCCCACCCAUUUCAGCAGAUGGGUAGUGCCCACUGUAUAUAAGCAAGCUGAAACAGAAUUUGUAAAUAAAUAGGCCAAUGCACCCUGUGUUGUGCUUACUACAGAUGGAUGGACCUCCCAGGGUUACGGAGAGCUACUUAAGUGACAGCCCUUCACAUUUCCCUCAACUGGGAAAUGAAAAGUACCGCGCUACAGACACGCCCCCUUUAUGAGAGUCCCACAAGUGCACAUAUUUUUCUCUUUGUAAGAAAACCUUAUAGCAUAGGCUUCUACAAUGUCUGAGCCAUGUUUACAUGUUGAUUUCACACACAUAUUGCACUUUAUUUUAGUGUUGUUGAGUAAUCAUGUGUUUUCAUUUCAGAAAAUAUCAACAAAAAUUAACUACAGUAAAUGUUGACAUUUUCCUGCUGUACCAAAUCCGAACCGUAGCGCGACCCCAAAACCAGGUUCUGUGAACUUUUACACCCCUACUCAAGGUACCAUCCAUAGCCACCUUGUGACAGGAUGGCAUGUUAUUAAUGUGAUUCCCGUUUGUCUUUAUUCUGCCUGUUCACUGCGACAGUUGUGAAUUUGUGCCUGGGUUGUUCUGGGAAUCCCAUGUUGCUCUGUGUUUUAAGGGCAUAGAAACAAUAUUAAAGGUGGGAGAGGAAGGAGCAUCUAUCAGAUUAAGAAUAUCAACAAGACCCCAGCCCACCUUUCUUUUCUAUGGCCUUGCUGGAAGAGUGUAGUGGCAUGGUGUCGUGAGAUGGGCGUGCUCCAAACUACAUGUCAGACAGUGCUGGUCACUGCCAAUGGCAUGCCUUCUUUUUCCAGCUAAUUCUGUGACCGUUGGUCCAUUGGCAUGUAUGAAGACUGACUGCUGCAAGAUGUUGUGUGUUCCCCUAUACUGUAACUAAAGUGGUAAUCCCCAUUCAAAAUAAAUGAAGGAAUUCAUGGGGAAACAGGGUAGCUCAUCAGUUUAAACGGUUAAAUUUGAACAUUUUCAAUCACAAGUAUGGUGCAGAUAAUCAACCUCAAGUUUGUCCAGUCAAGACAUCUUCAAAAUGAAGCCCAUCGUGCAUGUUGGUUUUUAUGUAAAUGUUAAAUGUAUUAGUUUGUCCUUUUUAUGAUUCUUAUAGAAUCUGAAAUCAAGAAUAGUGUCAUGUUUUCUCUCUGAGACCUUCUCAUUAUUUGACUUCCUCUUUGUCAUGAAAGGUGCUUUGCUCCAACUGUUGCUGAUUGGACCCCUGAGUCUUAAAGAAGAACUGAAUCUCGUGUGUGAUUUAUUUGAAGGUCUAUGUUUAUUGAUGCAUUUGUUCUCUGAGCUGAAAACUCCCCUGUCGAACAAAUACCUCCUAGAGGUUUUUCAUUGUAAAUACAAUAACAUUUUGUCAAAGUUAAAAAAGUGGAAAUUAUCAGCGUCACUUAAGUUGAUAAAAGUGACAUAAAAUAUAUUCAACAAAUAACCAUAAUGUAUAUCAGCUAAAGCCUCAAAACCGAAGCCAAUACAAAUGUGAAUUUCCUAUGCUUUAUUAUUAUAACCAGCUACAAACAGCUCUUUGUAUUACAUGCCUGUACAGUUGAAGUCAGAAGUUUAUGUACACCUUAGCCAAAUACAUUUAAACUCAAUUGAGAUGUACAAACUAUGGCCAUGCUGUCAAUGAAGCAUGCCAAUGUUGAAUGUUUUAUAAUUUUAAGCUUGGAAAAGACACCCUUAAUCCCAGACUUGGGACCAGAUAGCCACUCCACUGAAUAGCAGGCUAGUGAUUGCUUUGCAAUGCUUGCCGUUAGGAUUUGCCAGUAGAUUGUCGACUUGAUUCAUAAUGAUGACUGCUAGCUAAGAUUUUGAAAGUAUGUUGAUGACAUGAUCCGUCCAAUCAAAGCUACUUUAGAUGAAAUUACGUCAGAUCACAUAUCUGUGGUCAAUGACCUCGAACCUUCUUGGAUGGGCACUUCAAAUGUAACUCUAUGGCAGCACCCAAGGGGCUUGAAUUUUAGAGUUUUACCCUACCCUGACUACACAGCUUGCAAAAAUACAUUUGGAAAUCUAUGUUAUUAAUUUAUUGCACCCACACUGCUAGUGCACGUCAACGAGCGUCUGCGUUGCCACGGGCUAAAAUAGAAGUCCUUUCUAUUUUUUUUACCCAAUUUUGUGAAAUCCAAUUGGUAGUUACAGUCUUGUCUCAUCGCUGCAACUCCCGUACGGACUCAGGAGAGACGAAGGUCGAGAGCUAUGCAUCCUCCUGGAAGGAGGAGAGAUCACUAGAAAUGAUUCGGUUGACCGUUAUAUGUGUGGAUUAAUUGUCGGAGUAGAGGACGUUGUGCAUUUCGGGUAAAAUAACAACUCAAUGUUUAUAUCCCAGGACAAAUUUGCUAGCAACAGCAAGCUAGCUAAAUAAGACAAAUGAGCUAGCAAGCUAACUAGCUAAAUGUCCAUACAUGUUUAAUGCUUUUCGACCUGUCCCCAAAUUAAUGUCAUUGGUUCAGUGUUUGUUUUGAUAUUUUAACCUGCGUGUCAUGAUCACGUUUUGUGUAGUGUUGUACAUUUCAUGUAUUGUUUAGAGUUUUGUCGUGCCUUCGCUGGCAUGCAUAUAAAAUAACAUGUUUGCCUCACCAAGAUUGACAUGCUAAAAUUGCCACUGAAAGUAGUCCUGGUGAAUUAGUAUGCACAAAACAAUGGUUGUCUUCAUGUAUAUCUCUGGUCAUGCUGUAUUAUUGCAUCCAAAUUGAGUUUCAUUCAUAUUAAAGUAUUUAACUCACCUCA